AUGACGUCUUUUGGUGCAAACGAAGACGACUCAAUCAACAAAGGUCGUGCACCGUAUGUGUUUAAGUUUAGUGGUCAGAUUUACCAUUGGAUAGGAUAUUUUUAUCCUCAAGACGUUCAUCCACCCCGUUUUCUCCAAUUGUACAUGUGUGAUACCGAAAAUGAGGUUGCUAAUAGACUUCAUUCUUUUCAUGGCGAGGGGGAAGUACUUUUGUCUGCAGAUGUUGUAGAUUCCUUAAGUCAUAUGUUACAUAAACAUAAUGAGUAUAUUCGUACAUUUAAGACUGCAAAAGAAAUAGCUCAGUCAAUGAAUUUAGAUUCAUAUGGUGUAUGUUUAUUUAAUGUUGUACUUGACAGAAGAUAUGGGCCACCGGCCCCUGGAAGUUUAGGUUGUAUUGUUUGUGGUGAUGAUGUUACUGGGGCUAUGUAUGACAUUAUUGUCUAUUCAAAAUCUGGGUCACCUCGGCGUGUCAGUAAGCUUCAUCCAACUUACAUGCCUUUGCAGUAUCCAUUACUAUUCCCGUACGGCGAAGAAGGAUGGUAUCCUGCCUUGAAUCUACGUAUUAACUCUAACAGAAGUUUAACAAAUAAUAUGUAUUUCAAUUAUGAAAUUCAUGAUCGACACACUUACUCUCUUAUUUUACAUUCACGCAAUCUUUUCCACCAGUAUUUAGUGGAUGCAUAUACUUGCAUUGAACAAUCUAGGCUUGGCUUUAUUGAACACCAUCAGCAACAAUUGCGUAUAAAGUACAUCAGCGGUGUUUACGACACUAAGUCCAAAGGUGAUAUAGACAGUCGUGUCAUUGGAAAGGGUGUAUUUCUACCUGCAACUUUCGUUGGGGGGCCUAGGUAUAUGUAUAAACACUAUCAGGACGCUCUUGCCAUUUGCAAGGUUCAUGGUAAGCCACAAUAUUUCAUCACUUUCACUUGCAAUGUUAAAUGGCCUGAGUAUAGAAGAUACAUGGAUGUUAUUGGUCAACGUGAUAUUCAAAACAAACCAGAUAUCAUUGCACGCAUCUUUAAAAUCAAAGUUCAUGCUUUCAUUAACUUUCUUAAAGAGGACAAAACUUUUGGAGAUAUCUUUACACCAUUGAAUUCCAAAAAAAGGGAUUUACCACAUUGCCAUACAUUAUUAUGGGUUACAUCACCCUUUAGAAUUCAAGAAGGUGUAAAUAUUGAUAAAUACAUAACCGUUGAGCUUCCUGAUCCUAUACUUGAACCAGCACUAUAUAGGACUGUUACUACAUGCAUGCUACAUGGUCCUUGUGGUUCACUGAAUAUUGGUACCCCAUGUAUGGUAGAUGAUAGAUGUGUGAAACGGUUUCCUAAACCAUUCAACCCAUUAACAAUUUUUUAUGAAAAUGGUUAUGUGCAUUAUAGAAGACGUGCUGGAUCGUAUCAUGUCUUACAAAGUGGGGUUAGAACUGAUAACGGCUAUGUAGUGUCGUACAAUAAACGUUUGUGUAGUCGAUUUGAUGCUCACAUCAAUGUAGAAUAUUGUGGUUGGAAUAUGAUGAUUAAGUACUUAUUUAAGUACAUUUCAAAAGGGUUCGAUCGCGUUCGUUUCACUCUUCAAACAUUAGAGGCAAAUACUACUGCUUCUUCCUCUACCAUACCUGUCGUUGUAAAUGAAAUCAAAUUGUUUCUUGAUGGUCGAUAUAUAUGUCCACACGAAGCAGCAUGGCGCAUCCUCAAUUUUCCCAUUCAUGAACGAGAUCCACCUGUACAAGUCUUGGCCGUCCAUUUGGAGGGGAUGCAACCUACUAUUUUCAAAGAAAACAGUCAGUUAGGCUCUUUAAUUGAUACCCCCAGUUUUGGUGUUACGACUUUAACGGAAUGGUUGGAAAAUAAUCAACGUGACUUGACAUACAAUGAUUACCCUUCUAAAUAUAGUUGGGACACCAAAGAUAAGAGAUGGAUUCAUAGGACUACCAUAACAAAUACUACCAUUGGCAGGCUUGCGUAUGUACAUCCAACAGAUGGGGAGUUAUUUUAUCUAAGAAUUUUACUGUUCUACCAAAAAGGAUGUAAAUCAUUCUAUGACAUUAGAACCGUUCGUGAAAACACAUACUUAACUUUUCGUGAUGCGUGUGAAGCGUUAGGGUUAACCGGUGACGAUAAGGAAUGGCUAACAGCAUUUGAAGAAGCAGCGUCUUGGGCAACCUCAUCUGAACUUCGUUCUCUCUUUUGUCAUCUACUUUUGUCUUGUGAAGUAGGAAACCCUCUUUUGUUAUGGGAAGUCGCAAAACCUAAAAUGGGCGAUGACAUAGCCUAUACAUUCACAGCCAAUUCCAUAGAUCCCAAUGUAAUUCUACGUGUUGAUACACUAGAACAACAAAUACUUCUUGAAAUUCAAAAAACACUACUAGCUUCAACACCUUCCAAAUCACUAGUUGACUUUGGAUUGCCAACGCCAUCUCCAUCUCUUCUUUCCAUUCUCAAAAAUCGUCUUCUUCUUGAAGAGACUAAUUAUGAUACAAAUCUCUUGAUUUCUCAAAAUUCAUCCAUGGUAUCACAAUUAAAUCCGGAUCAAGUUACAAUUUAUGAAAGAGUUGUGGAUGCUGAACGAAACAAAAACCAACUUCUAUUAUUUGUAUACGGAUAUGGUGGAGACAAAGGAUUAGAAUCACUAAUAAAUUUUGUAUAUGGAAAAGACAUAAUUUUCAAUCCAUCACCUGAAGAGUUAUCAGUUAGAGCCAUUAUUUGUAUGAAAAAUGAAACAGCUGAUCAAGUCAAUGCUUUAAUUCUAUCAAAAACUAAUAGUCAAGAGGUUGUAUACAACAACUGUGAUUCUAUUAAAUCACAAACCCAUGAUAGCUUAGAACUAGAUACCUUAUAUCCCCUAGAUUAUUUAAACAAUCUUCACUUUUCUGGUAUUCCUUCACAUACAUUAAUUUUGAAAGUUAAUACCCCAGUUAUGCUAAUGAGGAAUAUCAAUCAAAGAGAAGGUCUUUGUAAUGGAACACAUUUGAUUGUUACACAAUUAUUACCAUCUGUGAUUGAAGCUUCCAUUAUAACAGGAAUAUCUGUUGGGAAAAGGGUGUACAUUCCAAGAAUAAAAUUUGUACAUAAUACCUCUGACCUACCUUUCAUAUUUAUCAGAAAACAAUUUCCUAUUAAAGUGUGUUCCGCAAUGACUAUAAAAAAAAGUCAAGGCCAAUCUCUUAAAAAGGUUGGUUUAUACCUCACAAACUCUGUUUUCACACGGACAGCUAUAUGUGGCUUUGUCAAGAGCUACCUCACCAGAUUCAAUAAAGAUUCUGCUACAAAAAAAGAGGCAUUACCAUUCAACUGUACCAGAAAUGUCCUCUUCAAGGAUUUAUUAGCAAGGAGCAAUCUCCUCAAACAUGGAUAG